AUGACCACUCCCAAGCCAUUGUCCAUUGCCAUCGUCGGCGGUGGUAUCAGUGGUCUUUGCCUUGCCAUCGGCCUUCUCAACCAUUCGCACAUCAAGGUUACUAUCUUUGAAUCUUCCCUUGCCUUCAGUGAGAUAGGCGCCGGUCUUGCCCUCGGACCCAACGCACAAAGGGCCUUGGCUUUCCUAUCGCCCGCUGCCGAACGGGCCUUUACAGACUAUGCAACAGGCAACUCAUCUCCCGAAUUCAACAAGACCUGGUUCAACUUUGUGCAUCAGGCUCGAGGUCAACAAGAAAUUGUAACACUCGGAUCUAUCGAGAACCAGACCGGUCAACAGACUGUGCAUCGAGCGAAAUUCUUAGAUGCACUGGUAAGACUUGUCCCUCAAGAUAUUGUGCAGUUUGGUAAGCGACUUGUACGAGUAUCUGAACAAGGUGAACAAACUGUUCUCCGUUUCGCAGAUGGAACGUCGGCCAAAUCCGACUGCGUCAUUGGUGCGGAUGGUGUUCAUAGUAACAUACGCAAGCACUUGCUAGGAACUGGUAUGCCAGGAGCUACUUCGGUGUAUUCUGGGAUUGUGGCCUAUCGAGGAUUGAUUCCCAUGGAAGAUGCCAUAAAUAUAUUGCAUAAAUACGCCCUCGAUGCGUACUUAUGGUGUAACAACAAAGGCAUGGUCAUGAGCUACCCCAUUGACUCUGGUCAAGUCCUCAAUGUUGUUGCCGCUCAUUACAAAACGUCAUGGGACGGGGAUACAUAUGUAGUGGACACAAAGCCAGCGCAGUUGAUGAAAGAAUUUGAAUCUUUUGGAGAAAUGCCACAAAGCAUAAUUAAACUUCUUGAUGCCCCAAAAGCAUGGGCUCUUUUAGAUCAUCUUCCCGCCCCAAAGUUCUACUCCAAAAACGUUGCAGUAGUGGGCGAUGCUGCUCACGCUACAACACCAUUCCAAGGAGCCGGCGCCGGACAAGCAAUUGAAGAUGCACUAGUCUUGUCGCAAUUAUUGGGAAAGGUUCAAUGUACCGAUGGGGUUGAGUCAGCUCUUGCUGCUUACGAUACUAUCAGAAGACCCCGGACUGAGAAGAUUGUGCGAACAAGCCGUGAGGCAAUGAAGCUAUAUACAGUCAUCGACAAUACGGAUGAUUGGAAGCGGGCAUGGGAAGCGGUUAGUGGUCACCGGGCUUAG